UAUAUUCCCCUACAUUCCUUCCUAUUAAUCCAAAUUAGCAAGCCACUCUCGGUCUUUUUUUAUUUCGACGCAGUUACUGGAGAAUUGGAUGUUGGGCCUAUCUUUGCCGUGAAAUAAAAUUGUUAUCCGGUCAAAGUUGGGGUUUCACAGGUCAUGAGGAAUUAUUCAACGAGGGCUACGAAGCUCUUCCCCAGCUCUCCCAUAGCCAGAACCAAACUCAAUGGCGCAUGUUUUCGGUGCCAAUUGACUAAUACGAUAUCGCUACGACCUACACUUCCUCAAUCAUAUCAUCAUCGACCUACGAGGCGGACGCAAUCGACCUGGGCGCAGGCAGUAUCUGUGGCUUCUAAUGUUUUCUCAAAUGCCACAAACCGAUCGACAGCAGGAGGCAACUCCAUAGACCCUUUACGAAUGGUUGCCAAAGAGAUGAAGUUUUUGACUGGGAAUAUACGGCAGCUCCUUGGAUCCGGGCAUCCUUCUCUCGAUACUGUUGCGAAAUAUUACACACAAGCUGAAGGCAAACAUGUACGACCUAUGAUUGUACUACUAAUGUCUAGAGCUUCUGCCUUGGCGCCCAAAUCUCCCAAACAUAAUCCGAAUCAAGAAAUCACAGAUAUAGACAACCCCAUAUCACCAACUACCAUUCUCUCAGAUGUCAAUCCUACCGCGCCUACAUUAAAUCCUUUAGCACAUGUGCCUAGGACGUAUUCGGCAGCAGAAAGCGAUAUACUUCCUUCUCAAAGGCGUUUGGCUGAAAUCACGGAACUCAUUCACACUGCAUCCCUUUUACACGAUGAUGUCAUCGAUCAUUCCGUCUCGCGGCGAGGUAGUCCAUCUGCCAACCUUGAAUUUGGGAACAAAAUGGCGGUUUUGGCUGGAGAUUUUCUGUUGAGCCGUGCUUCUGUUGCUCUUGCACGUCUGCGUGAUGCAGAAGUUACUGAGCUACUUGCAACAGUCAUUGCGAAUCUCGUUGAGGGAGAAUUCAUGCAAUUGAAGAAUACUGCGCAGGAUGAGAAAAACCCUGUUUGGACCGAAGAAACCAUCUCCUACUACCUACAAAAGACAUACUUGAAAAGCGCAAGCUUAAUAUCAAAAUCAUGUCGAGCAGCGGCUUUGCUUGGAGGAUCAGAUGCUGUUACAGUUGACGCAGCAUAUGAUUAUGGUAAAAACUUGGGAUUAGCAUUUCAACUGGUUGAUGAUAUGUUGGAUUAUACGAUUAGCGAGAAAGAACUGGGAAAACCAGCUGGCGCCGAUUUAGAGCUUGGUCUCGCGACCGCCCCGUUAAUAUUUGCUUGGAAGAAUAAUAAGGAAUUGGGUUCUCUGGUGGGAAGGAAGUUUUCUCAGAAAGGAGAUGUUUUGCGGGUAAGUUGCCCCAUAAUGAGCAUCCUAACGUUCAUACUAACAUAACCAAAGGCAAGAGAAUUAGUCCUACAAAGCGAUGGCUUAGAGCAAACCCGUGCACUGGCCGAGGAGUAUGCCAACCGAGCCAUUUCUGCAAUUAGUGCAUUUCCCGAAAGCGAAGCUAAAGACGGUCUUGUAGAAAUGGCUGAUAAAACUUUGAAACGAAGGAAAUGAAUAAAGUGUAUUAAAAUGAAGUUUGUAACUUGUAUCUAUGAUAUCAUAAAUCCAGUAUUGGAUGGGAAGCUAUUGUACUCUAAGAAAAGCAUUCAACUCGACGGGGAACUCCAUAGAUGGAAUCCGGAGAAUCAAAAUAGAUAAUUGAUACCUGCAGGAAUCCUGAACAUUU